AUGUCCGAGACGAGAUCUUCUACUUUGGAUAGGCCUCCUGUAGAUUUAUCCGAAACUUGGCAGAACCAUUCGCUAGAAAAGCAAGAGGGCGCCGAGAUCAGUACCUCUAGUGAUGGAGAGCCCAAGCGACAAUAUCCUUCGGACCUUGCGGUUACGCUUAUCCUGAUAUCAGUCACUCUGGCCUAUUUCCUAUUCUUCCUUGACCUUGCCGUCAUUUCCACCGCCACCCCGGCCAUUACUUCUCAAUUUGACUCCUUGGUAGACGUCGGUUGGUAUGGCGGCGCCUACCAGCUGGGAAGCGCAGCAUUUCAGCCCUUGAGCGGCAAAAUCUAUACUCGGUUCUCUAUCAAGUGGACCUUUCUUGUCUUCUUCGUAAUCUUCGAAGUCGGAUCUGCCAUAUGCGGAGCAGCUCAUUCAUCGGCCAUGUUCAUCAUCGGCCGCGUUAUCGCGGGUAUUGGGUCUGCUGGAGUGGCCAAUGGCGCGGUGACAAGCAUUUCCGCCGUUCUUCCAACGCAGAGACAGGCACUUUUCAUGGGACUCAACAUGGGAAUGGGCCAGGUGGGCCUUGCGACGGGGCCCAUCAUCGGAGGCGCGUUCACCACGAAUGUGUCCUGGCGAUGGUGUUUCUAUAUCAACCUCCCUUUGGGCGCUACUGUCGGUGGAUUCCUUCUCUUUAACUCAAUCCCAGAACCGAAACAGAAGGACCCGCCUCUGCAGAUUCUGACCUCUGCCAUAAAGGAGCUAGAUCUUCCUGGAUUCAUGCUUGUUUGCCCCGCGGUCGUCAUGUUCCUCUUGGGCCUCCAGUUUGGUGGUAAUCAAUAUGCUUGGGACAGUGCAGUUGUCAUAGGCUUGCUAGUCGGUGCUACUGCUACCUUUGCUGUCUUCCUUUUCUGGGAGUGGCAUCAAGGGGACAAUGCCAUGGUGCCACUUGCCAUGCUUAAACACCAAGUUAUUUGGUCGGCCGCAAUGACGAUGUUCUUCAGCUUGUCCAGUGUUCUUGUGGCUGAUUUCUACAUUGCGAUUUAUUUCCAAGCAAUCCACGAUGACACGCCCCUGAUGAGUGGUGUUCAAAUGCUCCCAGUUACCCUCGGUAUCGUUCUGUUUACCAUGGUCUCAGGCACCCUGAUUUCCAUUCUGGGCUACUAUCUCCCAUUCCUUCUUGCCGGGGGUGCGAUACUAUCAAUUGGCUACGGGCUCUUAUCGACAUUGAGUCCUACGACUCCAACUGCAAAAUGGAUUGGGUACCAAGUUCUCUACGGUGUCGGAAGCGGUUGCACAACUGCAGCACCCUACAUCGCUAUACAAAGCCUCGUAGCCCCGGAGCAGAUUCCCCUUGCCAUGGGCAUCAUCAUCUUCUGGCAAAACAUUGGCGCUGCCACUUCUCUGAUCGCUGCAAACGCCAUCUUUAGUAACAGCCUUCGUUCAGAGCUUCAUAACCGCACUGCGCAAAUUAGCGUUUCUCCGGACACUAUCAUCAAUGCCGGGGUCCGCUCUAUACGUAACCUGGUGUCUGGCUCCGAAUUAACCGCCGUGCUUGCCGCCUACGCCAAAAGCUUCGACAAGGUCAUGUACCUCGGUAUUGCUGUCAGCAUUGCCGUCCUGGUUUUUUCUCCAGGACUUGGAUGGAAGGACAUACGGAAGGUCAAGGCGCUUCAGGUCAUCACUGACAAGCUUUCUAGCAGCGGUGAUAAAGAUUCUGAUGUGAUUGGUUAA